AUGUUUUACCUGUAUUUCCCAUUAACGCCAUCGACGGUGUUCCUUCAGCAGCGGAAACGGCGGAGAAAGCGGGAGACGCCGCCACGGGAGACGCCGGAGCCAGAUUCUUAUAAUCUUCCUCCUCCGCCUCCGGCGACGGAGAUCCCGCCCAAUCGUUACGUCUUCGCCGCCGCGACGCCUUACCCGAAUCCUAACCCUAACCCUAACCAGUACUACCAGUACCCAGGUUACUAUCCUCCUCCUCCGGCUACGAUGCCGGGACCUCUCCCGGCGCCAUACGAUCACCACCACCACCAUCACUAUCCGCCGCAGCCAUACCACCCUUGGACAGCCGCCGGGAGGUAUCACUGCGGUCCGAUGAUGCCGCCGCCGCUUCCGUACGUCGAGCACCAGAAGGCCGUGACGAUCCGUAACGACGUUAAUCUGAAGAAGGAGACACUGAGGCUGGAACCCGACUUGGAGAAUCCGGGUCGGUUUCUCGUCUCCUUCACGUUUGACGCGACCGUCUCCGGAAGGAUCACAGUCGUCUUCUUCGCCAAAGAAGGCGGAGAAUGCAAUCUAACCCCGACCAAGGAAGAUAUUCUGCCACCAGUGACUGUUGAUUUCGAAAAGGGACUCGGUCAGAAGUUCAUACAAUCCUCUGGCACCGGGAUAGAUUUCUCAGUCUUUGAGGAUGCUGAGCUGCUCAAAGCGGCGGCCGACACAGACAUCUACGCGUUAGCAGUUAAGGCGGAGGCAACUCAAGCCGGAGACAGUAACCAGAAUGGAGCAGAAGGAGGGUCGGGAUCCACGAAUGCACAGAUUACACAGGCGGUGUAUGAGAAGGAGAAAGGGGAGAUCAAGAUAAGGGUGGUGAAGCAGAUACUGUGGGUGAAUGGGAUGAGAUACGAGUUGCAGGAGAUAUAUGGGAUCGGUAACACGGUCGAUGGAGACGAGGACGCUUCAGAUGCAGGUGACCCGGGGAAAGAGCCACGGGACACGACUGUUCUUCCCUGCCGGCACAUGUGUAUGUGCAGUGGAUGCGCAAAGGUGCUGAGGUUUCAGACAAAUAGGUGUCCAAUCUGUAGGCAGCCCGUCGAGAGGCUUUUGGAGAUAAAGGUGAACAAUGGCAAUGGCAAUGGCAAUGGAGGAGGAGGGGAUGAAGAAGAAGACAAAGAGCAUCCGAGCUCUUCUUCUCAAUGAAUGCAACAGUCGUGGAGGAAACAUAAACAAAGCGGCUAUAUCUUUAUAUGAAAUGUGUUGUAUUUUAUGAUCCCUUGCUGAAAUUAUAACUGUAUGCUUUGAAUCCAUCAUAAAGUUGAUUCAUCUUCCGGUGUUGAAUAAAUGUAUGCUUUGAAUCCACCA